UGGCGGUUAUGGUUUGGCCCUACAGAUGGAUAAUUGAUCCUCCUCUGGAGGUCAAUGUACCAUCAAAACGCACACCAUGGCCUGAUGCCCCUCCUGAACUCCCUACCAAUGAAAAUGUAGUGUUGGGCAUCCAAGAGCAUGCUGUAAAGCAUCCUACAAAGACCCGCACAUCUAGAUCAAAGAGACGAAGCAAGAGAAAGCAUGACACAAGAACGGUGGACACACAGGUUGCUUCAAAGCAUUCUGAACAAAUUUGAAAAUCUUAGCACGAAGACGGCUAGAGAUGCAUGCUGCUGUGUGAAUUUUAGGCAUCAUUCUUCAGCAUCAUAAAAAAAUUUGAAUUGCAAAGGCUUAUUAGCAUAGAGGCAGAUGGCCUAACCUGGUAUAUGUGAAAAGAAUCCUUCACGCUGGGCCAGUUGAUAACAGGCAUUGGAGUUUGAAUUUUCACUUAAUUUUUCACAAAUUUUUUCUUUCUUUUAUAUAUUUUUGUUUGGGAUAUCAAGAUUCUGGUUCAGCAUGAGGUAUGCCAGCAAAGUCUUGCCGUGUCUGCUACCUUGUAGGACUUUGUAUCCAAUAUGUUUCGAAUCUUAUACAUAAUCUUGGAACAUAGGAAUUAUAGAGUUGUGUUCAGCUGGAUUUUCGUAGAAAAAAAGAUAUCAAAAUGUAAUA